CCCUUUAGAGCUACACAGAUCUGGAAUGAGGUGAUCUGUCAUCUGAAAACAAGAGUAGAGGUGAAAAGAAGACGUCAUAAGCUCCGACAAUACAAUAACUGUUUUACUGGUGCUGAUGCAGUGGAUGUAGUUUUACAUUAUUUAUUAAAUGAUAGAGAUACAUUCUGUAAUGAUUUAUCAAGGGAAAAGGCUGUAAAGCUAUGUCAGACAUUGAUGGAUAAGAAUGUGUUUCUACCAGCCAGUACCAGAGAAUCGUGUAAUAAGAGAUUAUUUGAAGAUAGCAGUCAUAAAUUAUACAAGUUUUUAGAAGAUGAUAAAGAUAGUUUAAGUCAAGAUGGUAAUGAAAGUGAUGAUAUAUCUAUGUAUGAAGAUCAUGAUGAUUUAGGACUAAAUUGGCAUAAAAUUGAUAUUAAAGUUGUCUUGAUAUCACAUAUACUAUCAAUUCAUUCAAUUGAAGAAAUAUGGAAAGAAACAGCUCUAGCUCAACUUUUAACAUUAGUAGAUGUCAAUUUUGUUGAUGGACCCUUAUCAGAUGAAAAACCUGCCAAAAGACCACGUUAUAGUCAUAUCAUCUCCAACACCAUAGCUAAACGUUAUAAUUCACCAUACAAGGGCAGUAACCCAUGUUUUGAAGAUUCAGUAUUACAUGCUGGAUAUGAUUGUAUUGAAUGCUUACCAAAAGGUCUGACUUUACUAAGUGAUGACUGUUUACGCCAAUCCAAUCCACAAGCCAAGAACAAAGUAUUCAACAUCAUAGCCAAACAUUAUAGAGAUUCUGGCGAGUGUAUUCUACCAGAAAGAUUUGUGGAUCUUCAUCUAGCAAUAUUGAAUUUGAUAGUAUCUCAGAGGUCACCACUGGCUCUGAAAGCCUUACAGUUAGAUAUGAUCCUACUUCCAUGGACUGUAAGAGAAGAGUUAUACAGAUUGUUGAAAUUUAUCUCAGCUGUAGCUAAAGAUCCAACUUUGAAAUUGGACAAUUGUGAAUCCAAUGAAGCUAUUGUAUUAAGAGUAUUUACUGAUGUCAUAUUUAAACAUAAAGUUAUGUCACCAGAUCUUGGAGUUGUAUUUGUACAGUUUCUGUUAGAUAAUCUAAUAGAGAUAUUUACUAUACCUGAUGAUAUUAGGGAGAAAGUGGCUUUAAGAAUCUACAGAUUGAAAACUGGCGACAAUUUACCUGUUGUAGAAACCACAUUCUGUCAAAGAUUACCAAAAGAUGAAUAUGAGAAACAAGCAUAUGAAGGUACACAGGAAGCUAUAGUGUCUAUCAUGAAUACCAUAUUAGAUGAUAUCAAACUACCAUUGAAAGAAAAGAAAAAUCGCUUGAAACAGUUUCAGAAAUUCUACCCAUUACUUUACCAACAACAUUUUGCUGGCUUGGCUUAA